CCCUCUCGCUGCAGCCCCCGCGGUAGCAGCCGCUGAGCCCGCCGCCACCGCCCCUGAGCAGAAGAUGGCUGUGCCUCCCACAUAUGCUGAUCUUGGCAAGUCUGCCAGGGAUGUCUUCACCAAGGGUUAUGGAUUUGGCUUAAUAACACUUGACUUGAGAACAAAAUCUGAGAAUGGACUGGAAUUGACAAGCUCAGGUUCAGCCAACACUGAGACCACCAAAGUGACGGGCAGUCUGGAAACCAAGUACAGAUGGACCGAAUAUGGUCUGACGUUUACAGAGAAAUGGAACACUGACAACACACUAGGCACAGAGAUCACUGUGGAAGAUCAGCUUGCACGUGGACUGAAGCUGACCUUUGAUUCAUCCUUCUCACCAGACACUGGGGGAAAAAAUGCUAAAAUCAAGACAGGGUAUAAGCGGGAGCACAUCAACCUGGGCUGUGACGUGGAUUUCGACAUUGCCGGUCCUUCAGUCCGGGGUGCUGUGGUGUUGGGAUAUGAAAGCUGGCUGGCUGGCUACCAGAUGAAUUUUGAGCCUGCAAAGUCUCGAGUGACGAGCAACUUUGCGGCUGGCUACAAGACUGACGGAUUCCAGCUCCACACUAACGUAAACGAUGGGACAGAAUUUGGUGGCUCCAUUUAUCAGGUGAACAAGAAGUUAGAGACCGCUGUCAAUCUGGCCUGGACAGCAGGAAAUAGUAACACUCGCUUUGGAAUAGCGGCCAAGUAUCAGAUCGCCCCUGACACCUGCUUCUCGGCUAAAGUGAACAACUCCAGCCUGAUAGGUUUAGGAUACACUCAGACCCUAAAGCCAGGUAUCAACCUGACCCUAUCAGCUCUGCUGGGUGGCAAGAAUGUCAAUGCUGGCGGCCACAAGCUUGGUCUAGGACUGGAAUUUCAGGCAUAA